AUGGUUCCCCCUUCCUAUGUGAAGCACAUGCUCAAGACCCAGAUGGAGAAGGACACAAGGUCCUGGUGGCUUGAGAAGCGAGCCACUCUGGGCACCAGCGUACGGGACUUCCUUUGGGGAUUUUCCCAUGCCAGAAGAUUCUUGAAGGCUG